AUGAUGAUCAGUUUUGGAAACAACUAUGUCUUGCAAGAUGGAAAAGUUUAUCAAUUCUACCAUAUGAAUACAAAAUCAAAAAGAGUGAAGCUCAUUCAAUACCAGAUACAACGUUUUAUAAAGACAGGGUUUUCAGAGGUUGUCGAUUUGUUGGAAAAGGAUUGCUUUAAAAUAGAUGCAUGGAACAAUCUAUUCAAAUCAAGAUACAAUAGAACCUAUCAUCUAAGGGUUCUAAAAGAAGAGAUUUUACCUGUUUGUUUCGACUACCUUGAACAAUGGGAAGACAGUAGAGAAAAUCAAAUCAACUUGGUCAAGACAAUGAAAGUAUUGGAUGAAAAAAGAUUGGAUGACUACAGAAAAGAAAAAAGUAAAGAGGAAGUAUAUUUAUUAGAGUCUGUUGUAUACAGUCUCAUUUCACUAUACAAUGAUGAAAAUAAUGGCCAAUACUUGGUUGAUGGAUAUCUAAUGUCCCUUUCUAGAAAGAAAAUCAAAUUCCAAUUUCAUUUCAUUUCUGAUUCCUGGGAGGAGAUUAAAAUUGGUUCCUUUUCAAUGGAUUCCCAAAAUACAGAUGAGGGUUUAGAGUCCCAUUUAAUUUGUUUCUAA